AUGGCACGAGAAGCUACUGUUUACUUUGCUCGGCUUUACCAAGAUGCUGGGGCAAGCAAAGCUGACCGGAAGCAUCAUUCUGGUGGCAAAACUUUUAGCUGGAUUCAACUUGAGAAGUGUGACAACCCGAGGAGAUAUUUUGUUGCCCACAAACGCCGAAUGAUUGAUCAAAACAACUCUAUUCGAAAUGGUAUCCCAUUAGAGGUGGUCGUUCACAAUCUGCGUCUGGACCCAAAUUUCCCACCGUUAAGGAAAAAGAAACGUCUGAUAGCUGAGGUCAAGAAUAGGUUUGUUAAAGAAGAGAAUGCCGGAGACACUUAUCAGAGGCUCGUUAAUAAAAUGCUUGAGAAUCAGAUAGGCAAAACAUUGGAAGUAUACAUUGAUGACAUGUUAGUCAAGUCUUCGAAUGCAAUAAAUCGUUUGAAACAUCUUCAAGAAACAUUCGACGUUCUGAGGAAGCAUAACAUAAAACUCAACCCGAAGAAAUGCGCGUUCGGGGUUAGUUCCGGUAAGUUCUUGGGAUUCCUGAUUUCGCAAAGAUGGACCGAGGUAAAUCCCGAUAACAUCAAAGCUAUUAAAGACAUUCUGGACCAACUAACGAGUGUGAAGGAAGUACAGAGGCUAACCGGGAGGAAUGUCCUUCACAAGCUUGAAUUGUCAGGCCGUUUGGCUAAAUGGGCAUUCGAGAUUAGUGAAUUCGACAUUGAGUACAAGGUCAUGAAUGCGAUCAAGUCACAAGUUCUGGCCGAAUUUGUGGCCGAUUUUAGUCCCGGAUUAAUGCCCCUGGCUGCUAAGGAAGCAGUUCUGUGUCGGAAAAGGCAUAGGGAGUUUGGACCUUAUUUACAGAUAGAACUUCCAAUGCAAAAAGGUCUGGUCUCGGGAUUUGAACUAGCCUAG